CAUGGUGAUAGUAGCUGGCAGCAAGAAUCUUACAGCGCCGGAAUUUUGUUCGUUCACCAUAGCUUCUUUUGCUGUAGAAGUUGUACACGCUUACGCUUGCAUCCCGGCGCGUGCCGCAAAACAGGGAACGCGAAAUUGCAUCGGACGAACUAGUAAAUUAAUCAGCUUUCGUUUGUGAAAUCCCAUCCCAUCCCGCAUUGCUAGCUUUCCAUCCUUGCCGUGUGCGACCAUGCACUCUUACCGUGCUCCACCAUCGGUAGGUGUAGCGACUACCGUAUCUACGCAUGCUGUAUCCAGAUCAGCCGAGCUGCUCUCGUGCGCUAAAACGGCCGUAAAAAUUGCACGAAAGAGUCUCGCUUCCGGCAACCCGACUGCUUCCUGGUCGGAACACUACAGUGUCUCCCAUCUACGACUGUAUCCCGUCGAAGAGCAGCAAAGUGGUCCGCAGCACGAAUCUCUGGAAGAUGGACUUUCUCUCCUGCGAACCAUGGAAGGAGAGUUGAAACAGCUGGAGGCGCUGGUGCGACGACGGGGUCACACGAAUGAUCCCACCGAAGAGAUCACAUUGUCGGUCAGACGUCUCGAAGCCGAUACAUCCGAGCUUUUGCAACUCAUCAAUGUUAUGAUUCCCCCAACGGCUAGAGGGCAACGCCAAAAACACUGGCAAAUGCUUCAAAAAUGGUUCCAGACCCUGGCAACCCAUCAAGGGAAUCGGUUGAAGGAAAUUCUUAAAACACGAGGCAAGGUCGUGGCCGACCAAGCCCAGCGGCGUAAGCAGUUUCAGCCCAAAACCGCAACCAAUAAAGCAUUCGAUCAAUGGGACUCGAAUCCCUUAUUCAAUCUCCCAGCUACCCGAGUAUCCAGACAACCGCCAGCACAAGGAACGGCUUCCGCACCGGCCACAGGAACGAAUGGUGGGUUGACUCAUUCUGGCCCUCAAGCAGGGCAGGUGGCGCAAAGCAACGGUACCGCAAAUUCCGAUGCGGCUAUCUCCGUGGCAAAUCCGAAUAGUGUCCAACCCCGUGGUACAACUAAUGGAUAUUCGUACUACCAUCGUACGUCGUCCGCGCCCGGCAGUGGCUUUCAAUCGAUGGGCUACGGUGGUAGCGCUGGCAACGCUGCCGCGUAUGCUGGAGGCUAUGGAGGAGGCACCGGUACGGGGAUGCGACAACGGCGCGUGCAAGGGGACACGAAUGGAUCGCAGGCUAAUAGCAACACUGCAUCCGUGGAUCCCCAACAGACGUUGCAGUUGCGUCAGCAAGAACGACAAACGCAGCACCGGGUCAACGAAGCGCGGCAAGCGGAACGAUCGUUGGCUGAACUAGGAACGCUGUUUGGGAAAAUGUCGCAAAUUUGGUUACUCUACAUCUGA